CUCACAGUCUCACAGAUGAUAACAUUGCGAAGCAACCAGCGCAAUACAAUCGUGCUGUGAGCAACUCAUAUCUUGGAGACUCGUUCUUCCAAACCGUUCUUUUCUCCACCAAGCAUUUGCCUAUACAGCACAGACCCCGCCACGCCCUCACACCCGGGCCGUACCUGCGAUAUCUAGAUUCCACCAUUUACCCGAACUGAGCAGUCCGAUUCUAGGCUGAUUCAGGCAAGAUGUUGAAGAUCUGGUCUAUGAAGCAGAAGCAGCAGCAGGCUGAGAACGCCGCUGCGGGCGGUUCGAAGAAGAAGAAGAUCACCGCCGCUCAACUUCGGGUCCAGAAAGACCUCUCGGAACUCGCCCUAGGCAGCACGAUGCGCACCGACUUCCCCGACCCGGACGACAUCCUAAACUUCAUCCUCACGAUCGAUCCGGACGAGGGCAUGUACGUCGGCGGGCGGUUCAGCUUCUCAUUCGCGAUCAACCAGAACUUCCCGCAUGAUCCGCCCAAGGUCAAGUGUCGCGAGAAGAUCUACCAUCCGAACAUCGAUCUGGAGGGGAAUGUGUGCUUGAACAUCCUGCGGGAGGAUUGGAAGCCGGUGUUGAACUUGAACGCGGUGAUCGUGGGUCUGCAGUUCCUCUUUCUUGAGCCCAACGCGGCUGAUCCCUUGAACAAAGACGCGGCGGAAGACCUGAAGACCAACCGAGAGUCGUUCAAGCGGAAUGUCAGGGCGUCGAUGGCCGGUGGUCAGGUCCGGAAGGAGAGAUUCGACAAGGUCACGAAGUGAUGAGGGGAGGACAUCAACAUCCCCAAAUACAGAAUUGUUUCGUGACGAGCUAUCAGCUCUAGACUUCAUUACCCAGGAGAACCUACCCACCAAUAUGGAGGCCGAGUGUUGGAAUGGCAUUGAAGCAGAGGAGGGUUGGACAACCGAAGGAAUGGCCGGAGAGAGGGCCCAGUGUUGUUCAUUUUGUUCUACGGGGCUGAGAACCAUCGUCUAAGCGACACAGCGUGUAUACAGCAGCCCCGAUUCCUCACAUAACGAUGUCUAUCAUAGCAAUAGACCACAAAUUAGUCACCACUCACAAGUAGAUAAUUUUCAUACAAAAUGAUCAUAGGCAGUUAGGCAC